AGCACUUUCUUUAGCUCUCCUAUCUUUGAAGCCAUGAUUAAGCUUAAUAUCUUGCCUUAUCAUCUCUGUUUGCUCUGUUUUCCUCUGCUUGUGUCUUCAGAUUGUGAGCAAGAAAACAAAUUCAAUGACAAUCACAAAGCCCUCAAGUACAAAUUAGCUGCAAUUUCAUCACUCUUGAUAGCAAGUGCAGUUGGGGUUUCUCUCCCAAUCCUGGCAAAGAAGUUCAAGACAUUACAUCCCGAGAACGAUAUAUUCUUCCUGAUUAAGGCUUUCGCUGCUGGAGUGAUUCUCUCGACUGGGGUUGUUCACAUACAACCAGAUGCUGUUCAUGCCUUCACAAAUCCUUGUAUUGGUCAAUCUCCAUGGGGAGACUUCCCUAUAAGUGGCUUCAUCACGAUGGUUUCUGCAAUGGCAACAAUGAUGAUUGACGCGUUUGCGACAAGUUAUUAUAAAAGAUUGCAUUUUAAUGGCAAGGUUAAUGGAGAUGAGGAGAUGGAAGGAGAACAUGAGGGCCAUGUGCAUGUCCACACACAUUCCACACAUGGUCAUGCCCAUGGCUCUGCUUUGGUAUCAGAGGAUUCAGAGUCUGCUGAUCAUCUAAGACAUCGUGUUGUUUCUCAGGUUUUGGAACUGGGAAUAGUUAUUCAUUCAGUAAUUAUUGGGAUCUCCUUGGGUGCUUCUGGCUAUGCAAAAACAAUCAAAGCCCUUGUAGCAGCAUUGACCUUCCAUCAAUUCUUUGAAGGUAUGGGUCUUGGUGGCUGUAUUGCUCAGGCAAAAUUCAAGUCAAGAGGCAUUGCAAUAAUGGUACUGUUUUUCUCUGUGACAACCCCAAUUGGCAUAGCCAUUGGAAUAGGGAUAUCAAAGACAUACAAUGAAAAUAGUCCAACAGCACUCAUUGUGGAGGGGACAUUGAACUCUGCUUCUGCAGGGAUUUUGAUUUACAUGGCACUUGUUGAUCUGCUGGCAGCUGAUUUCAUGAACCCUAGAAUGCAAUCCAAUUUGAAGUUGCUUAUUGGAGCCUGUAUUUCACUUCUUAUGGGUUCAGGUUGUAUGUCCAUUUUAGCUAAAUGGGCAUAGUUGAGGCUAAACUUCUUUCCACAGAGACCUCAAAAGCAUUGCUUAGAAUCUCAUAUCACCAGAUUCUAUUACAACUUCAAAAGCCUAUGAAGGACUUCAUUGACAUGUUGCUAGAAGAACAAAUGCAUCUGAUUUGGAGUCCAGCAAUGGUGGGGAACCAUUGUCAGUGACAAAUACUUUUGAUACAGAGACAUUCUGUAAGGAUGGUGCGUAUGAGAAAGUGGUGUUGGAACCCAAUACUUUGUUUGUUUAUCAUCUUGUGCAUUAAAAUUAAUUUAUCCUCCAAUUUUAUUCAACAAGCUUUAAUAC